UUUUACCUUUUUUAUUUGUAAUGUCAUAACAAACAACAAUGUCGUUCGUGGACAAAUUAAACUAUUAUAGUAAACGAAAAUCGUUUAAAUAUGGCAUACCCUUCCUCAUCAUGAUGGUGGCCGGCUCCUUUGGACUGCAGCAGUUCUCGAACCUCAGGUAUCAGUACGCCAAGAAGCAGCCGGUCACGCCGGAGGAGAUGAAGAAGUACGGCGUGAGCAUGAAGAACCGCCAGGAGGUGACCCUGGAGUCGGAGUACGACAAAGUCAAGUCCGUGGACAUAGAACACUGGGAGAACAAGCGCGGUCCACGUCCCUGGGAGGAGGAGGGUCAGCCCUCCACGGCAAAACACUAGACUUUGUGUUCCCUGAACAUAAUAACCUGUUAAAAGCAGACUGUUUAUUGUAAAUAGCCAUAAUAAUAAAUAUUGUUAAAAUUUA